GGCGGCUCGGCGCAGAGCGCGGCGGGGCGGGCGGCGGGCGGCAGGGCCGGGGGCGGCGGCGCCAUGCCCGGGCCGGCGGCGCCCGCGGGGCCCGGUGGCGGCGGCGGGGCCGACCCGGAGGAGGGCUACGACUUCCUCUUCAAGCUGGUGCUCAUCGGGGACGCCAGCGUGGGCAAGACCUGCCUGGUGCAGCGCUUCAAAACCGGGGCCUUCGCCGAGCGCCAGGGCAGCACCAUCGGCGUGGACUUCACCAUGAAGAGCCUGGAGAUCCAGGGCAAGCGGAUGAAGUUGCAGAUCUGGGACACAGCUGGCCAGGAGAGAUUCCGCACUAUCACGCAGAGUUAUUACCGCAGCGCCAACGGAGCAAUCCUGGCCUAUGAUAUCAGCAAGAGAGGCUCUUUCUUGUCCAUUCCUCGCUGGAUCGAGGAUGUGAGAAAGUAUGCUGGCUCCAACAUAGUACAGUUACUGAUUGGAAAUAAGUCUGACCUAAGUGACCUUCGAGAGGUUCAGCUGGAAGAAGCUCAGAAUCUGGCUGAACGCUACGAUAAUAUCAUCUGUGCCAUAGAGACCUCUGCAAAAGACUCCAGCAACGUGGAGGAGGCUUUUGUGAAGAUGGCCACAGAGCUCAUGAUGAGGCAUGGAGGCCCUAUGUUCAGUGAGAAGAAUACUGAUAGCAUCAAGCUUGACAGCAAGGACGUUGUAGAAGGAUGGGGGUGUGCUUGCUGAUAUGAGCUAGGUGAAAUCCCUAACUUUACUGGAAUUUAGAUGGUGCUUCACCCUAAUGCUGAGUAGCACAGUAGCCAUAUUUUCCUCCUUCUGUGAAACCAGCAAUUUUGUAGAAGUUAGUUAGACACAAUCCUGUUUGCUUUGGUGUCUUUUUUUAAAAGGGGACUUUUGAGAGGUAGUCCUAAAAGUCAAGCCCUCUGAAAAACUUACUCGACAUUUGUCCCUACCAUUUUCUUUUCUGUGACCUUCAUGCCAGUUACAAAAGUGGAGGAAAAAACUUUGAACCAGAGAUGUGGGGUAGGGAAACAGAUGGCUGGAAAAGAGACUGCCACAUACCCAAAUUCUGAAGCAAUUGUCAUGGGAUUGUUGGCAAAGACGAAUAGGCACGCUUGACAGCGUCUCUUUAAAUGCUCAGCACUCCACCAAUGACCAGAAGGCCUAGAAGCGACAGAGAGUGUCUGAUCAAGGUAUUUCUAUUGUCAAAAUACCCAGAAUUUUGAUUACAGGACCAAAUAGUCACCUGUCCAAGGGCAUAUGGAUUGCUAGCUAGUACUGGAACAGGCCCAGGUGGGACAGCCUUCUCUCAGGUUUUGUUUUCAUUUUCUUAAGUUAUCAUUUUAAUAGAUAGCAAAAUCACCCUGAGCGGUAUCACCACUUGCUGUCAAGCAGGGUUGGACCAGUUUAGUUAUUUUAAAUACAGUCUUGAGGAGAGGGUAGGUGUAUUGCAUUUGUUACUGUUUGCACAGGGAUAGCUCCCUUUUCCAAGUGGGUAUCAUUGAUUUUUUUGCUCUCAAGUCUAUCAGUCUCAUUUGAAAUUACAGACCUGUGCCACUGGAAACAGCAACUGGAGAAACCUUGAACUGUCUGGUGGCUGUGAUCUCUUGCCAUGUGCCUAAUGGCCAUAUACAGGGUUAAUUCUGGUCGUACAUUUGGUAUUAUGUUACCCAAGUGUUCGCUGCUUAAGUGGCAUAAGUAGGAUUUGGUUGGUUGGUUGGAUUUUAACUGUCUUUUUAAAUACAACAUGGGUGUGUAUUUGGAAAGAAGACUUCAGAAUAGCAGAAAACUGCACGCCCUGCAACUUCUUGGUUGUAAGAGUCUAGCAUCUGGAGUGAUUACCUCCCACCUUUGUACUCAUCUGCAUCUCUCCCUGUCACAAGUUACUAAUCGCUUUUUAUUUCUUGAAAACUCAGCAGGGAUUUUCUUUAACUGUUGAUCAGAAGUCUACAUUGUUAAGUAAAAUAGGUCUCAUAAUCCAACUACAUACAGUUGCCUUUCAGAUUCAGCUCUGUACUGCAUGUUGUAGAUACAGUCCAAGUACUGGUGGCAGCAGCCCUUCCUGGAUUUACACUCUCAAGCACCUUACAAACUUGGAUUUGCAAAGGGAGCAGAAGCAGGUUUAUUUUUAAUUCUGCUGUUAAAGCAAAGGUGUUCAGAGGUGCAAGUGAUUUCUGCAAUCCUCAUUCUUUGAAGGAGCUCAUUUACAGAAAGCACUCACUUCAACUGAAGUCACUUGUCCCUUUUGAAAAUCUUGAUCAAAAAGGACCAGGUGGAUUGGUUUGCUGCUAGGGCUACACCUGUUUUUAGCCAUUCAACAUAUCCAAUGUCAUGAAAAUCUGGAAGAUUUAAGAAAGGGCUAAUGGAUCCUAAUUUCAAUACUAUUCAUUUUCGUACAGAAAAUAUUAAAUCAUUCUUUGGACUUUCUGUUUGUGUUUUUUGUUUGUUUUGUUUUUAACUAUGAAGUAGAUUAUUGAAGAGUUGCAUAUGUUUUGUGGCCUGUUUGCUCCUAAUCUAAGGAAUAGUUUUCAAGUUUUAUAGUUGUAAGAGUGAAAGGGCUUUACAUUUUUCAAUUAGCUUUUCACAAUUCUAACAUUUUAUGUGGAAGGGCAGGUUAAGCUGCAGUAUUCAGUAGUAUUUUUGGAUAGUUUUCCAGGACAUUCCCAGCUCUCCUGCAUCCAAAGAUUACAGGCAGUAAGUGCUCAGCAGUAGUUAAAAACUGAAAAUGAGAAUUGUCCAAACUCCAGAUUUUCUAUCACAAAUCCUGUACCCCACUCCCAGGAGAACCUGUGAAGACAGUCCAAGCCAAAAUUCAGUCCUGAUUACUGUUUUUCUUCCUGCUUAGGUGGGCCUUAAGCUACAGAAUACUAGCAAACAUUUGACAUAUUAUAGUUUACACCUGCAGGUCACAGGCCUGCAGUUCUGCAUGCAUGAACGUGGACCCUCAGAUAAGCUCAGCCUCCCAGUAUUUGCAGGAGUAGUGCCAAAUUAUUGAAGCCAUGCAGAUAAAAUUCGAUAUGCAUUUAAGAACAGUAUGGCUACUACUCAGAUUGAAAUCAGGAGUUUACACAGUAACUCAUCUUAAAGCUGGAGCAAGAUGUACAAGGAACAGAUCUUACUUCCAGUGAAGUCAGUGAAUGAUUGUGUUUUUACAGUAGAUGGAGAAAUGAGGAAGCACUGAUCCAUUCCCUUAAUUUUGGGUUUCAUUUAGUACAUUAGCAGAAUUAGACCAAGCACUAGACUUUUCCUUAUGAUUUGCCCCUAUUUCUCUCUUAAGAUAGUGCUGAAGGUUGAGAUUCUGCCUGCAGGUUCCUCUGUUUCAGUCAGAACACAUGAAGUACAGAGUCAGUGAUUUGUUCGCUGCCUUUUCAAAUGAUGGCACCCAGCAGUUGAGGUUAGUUUUCAUUUUGCUGCAAAAAGACUUAGACUAUGGAUGGCUUCAGGUCAGCAUUGUUUAGUAACUCCUGAGUCUUCCACAUUAUAACAAGUGUAAUGCAAGUUGCCGUGUUGUACCUAACUGAACAAAGAAGAACAAAGAAACAGAUGGAAGACUUGUGAUUUUUUUUUAGCAGCAGAGUGACACAACCUGACAGCUUGAGCUGUCAGUAGUAAGAGGCUAUUUCAGUUACAGUUUCUUGUUCUAUUGGUAAUAGCACAGUACUCACUAGAUCGAUAGCUUCUUAACCAGAAAUACAUUAGACAGUAAACAGAACCUCACUCCCUUUCUGAAGACUUUUGUUAGAUCCAUCACUUGCACACCCAGCUAUGUAAUUCAGGUAGUAGGAAUCCCCUCGUGUUGGUUCAAUUCCAUUAGUCCUGUUUGAACCAAAAGGCUACCUGGAUGAAGAGAGUGAGUAGCCAUAAACCUGAGGUUUACAGGUAAAAAAAAAUAUUUCACCUCUCAGGUUGUAAAUGUGCACUGAUGUACAUCAAGUGAAUAAUUCAGCAGCACAUGACCAGAGUUCAUAGCGUAAACAUUUGCCAAGAAUUCUGUUUACUGGCAGUUGAACAUUAACAAGAAUAUGGUGCAGUAAUAGUGUUUAAGCAGAUCUCCUUGGUUGACCAUGUAUCUGCAUUAAUAUGUAUCGCUUGGUUUUGGCAGUACCCAAAGUGUGCAAAAUAUUACAUAAACACAGAAGGGAACAUUGAUCCCUGCCCUGUAACAAUUCAGAGUGGAAUGCAGAGGCAAAUACUGAAAUGAAAUCAUCAGCAGAAUGUGGUUCCCGGAGUGUGGGCAGUUAUCCUUUGUAUUGAUUUGUGAUUUAAGCUAAUUUUAUCUCCAGUUACUCAUCCAGCCUGCCACGAAUGGAAUUUUUACAAAUAUUUAUUGUGUAAAUAUUAUAUAAUAUGUCAGCCCAGAAACCUACUAAUAUUUGUUUUGCAAAACAAAUUUAAAACAAAAACACUUAAGAACGGAGGAAAAGUCCUAAUGAUUUUAUCACUCUCCCUGUAGUUGAAAGCAGGUCUCUUUGUGGCAGGAGUAACUACAAACCUGAAUGAAGCCCAGCUAACACUGCGUAGAUUUCUUAGAGCUUCAUGGAAAGUUGGGCUCUUUCUCAUUUUUUUCUUUGACUUCAGAGAAGAUCAGAUUUAUUUGAAAAAUAGAGCUGAUUGUCAUGUGUUGCAUGUUACCACGGUAAAGGCAUUACAUUCUGUAGAUACUCAAGCAGUAGUACACUUAAAUAACAUUAAAGCCUUUCCUUGAUGUUUCCCUGUCAUAUAUUGUCCCACUGAGAUUCAUACCUCCAUUAUUUAGUCUCCUAGCCAGCCAACUUGUGUCCAGUUGAUCAUUUGAAUGUUUUUGGCCAUCUCAUGCCAAUACUGAGGUAUCUGGGAUGCGAUAACAUUAUUAGUUUCCCUUCAUGGAAUUGUGUUUCGUAGUGCUAUAAUGUGAGUCUCUUUAAAUUUUGGAUGUAUUUAUAUGUUAUUUCAUUAGUAGAAAUCAUUAGCUUUAUGCACCUACUUCCAAAACAUUUCUAUAUUAACAGACCACUGAAGUUUACCCUAUUGCAUCAGUUUGUGUAAACACAGUAGAAGAAAAUGAAACUGAGAACAAUAGGUACUUUGUGAAACUGAAAUAAAGUUACUCUCCUUUUGAUACCUUCCAACCUUGGAGAGUGCUCAGUUUAACCCUGCAGUCAUUUUCUGUGGAGACUUCACAGAAACAAACCAGGUUCUGGGUAGAACAAGCCACGAGUAAAGAGCUGGGGAAAAUCCAAGGAAAGGGGAGCAGGUACGUGUACUGUUGUGAAGCAGUAGUUUUCCCGUGACUCGCUUCACCACAGGAGUUUAUGAUCACCACGCAGCUUGUAUUCCCACUCUUGUGGUUCACGUACUAAGGCAAUUAGAAACCAGAGCAACAGAUCAAUGCCGUGGGUAGUUCACAGUGGAACUGAAAGGAGACAAAUCCCAGAGUUUAGGCAAAUCACCCUAAACAUUUUGUAUCAUUUGAGAAAGGGUAACUUUUUUUUUGAUCAACUGAAAGGCAUUUUAGAUUUACAGACUGGCAAUAAAAUAUGCCAUAUCAUUAACCCCUACAGAGUAAUCAUCUCAUUUUACUGCAGUUAUAUGAAUUAUGGUGACUUCAAGAGUCACAGAACAGACCCCUUCGUCUGUUUUGGUCUGUUCUCAGCUUUGACAUUUCUUUUCCUCCAGAGAAGAUGACAUUCAUAGAUUUGGGAAAUACUGUCUCAGAUUUAAUUUUGUAGUAUCUUUUGGUGCUGACCAUCCUACUGAGGUUUUGGUCUGAGGAAAGAUUCCUGGGUGUGUUAGUUUUUGCUGACCAGGUCAUGUCAGAUUUCUUUCAACUCUACUAAAUUAAGUUUUAGAGCUAUUCAGAGCAGCAAAAAUCUCAGAUGUAAGCACUAAAAUGCAGUCCCCACUGUGUACUUUAGGGAAAAGCAAACAAACAAACUAUCCCAUAACUAGGUGUUCUGAUUUCCAGCACAAGUUUAGCCUUCUGUAUCCCUUUUAUCAUUUCAUUUUAGUUUACUCAGAAAAGAGCAAGGUUACAAAAUUAAAACAGACCAAGGCAAAGGGAUAUUUGCCAUACGUGGAACUGUUGCCAGAGGUUAGAUGAAAAGAGACAGCACACAUCCUAUCCCAAUUUUAGGUAUCAGUCAUAUUAAAGAAACACUAAAUGCUAAAAAUGCAUUUCAAAAUAAUUAUUCAAAGGAAAAAUGGUUGUGAUUUUUUUUUUAACCGUGUCUUUUAAACAAAGAUUUCGCCAUGAAUACUGAUACAGGCAGUUACCCAUGUCAUAUUUGUAACUUUAGGUGUGACUGAAGGCAGACUGUCAACAACUGCCUAUAGUCAACGGCCAGUAGAAAACCAGAGAACAGAGUAAGUUCACAAGAAUGAGAAAAAUGAAGGCUUGAGUUAGUGAAAAAGGAUUUUAUGUUUUGUCUUGUUAAAUCUGAUAGGUUUAGUCAAUGUUUACUCAGUUCAGAGAACUAAUUUCCUUCCCAAAGGUAAAAUAAACUACACAAGUAGCUCCAUUUUUUCUGCUUUUGCUUUUAAAUAAAUUUGGCAGCUGUCUAUGCUGAACAAGAGGGGACUGAUAAACUAGCUAAGCAUAUGGUAACAGACACUGUCCUCCAGGGACAUCCUCUGAGAAUCUUCAGGAGAUCAGAUUCAAUGUCACCGAGAUCACAAACUGAUAACAAAACUAUUGAGGAUCUUUAUCUUUAAAAGGUCAUUUUCCAUGUUUGUUUUGCAAGACAUUUUUAGACUUCGGUUGAGUUACUUUCAGUUUGAUUAUUGAAUUGAACUGAACUGCUGACACUGAUUUCUACUUUCUUUCUGCCUCAAAUUCACUAGAAAAAUGAGGAACAGAUCUUAUCACAAAUCUCUAAAGGGCCACCAGAUAAACUGUAACCAGCAGGGGUUUUGUACACGCGUAACUACCAGUCUCCUGGCCCUGUGAUAGUGACUUAAGAUCUUUAACUUGUAUAUCUGAUACUGUACUCUGAAAAAUAUCAGUUGUCUAGCUCUGCCAUCAUUCGCCUGAUGAGGUAGUGCAAGUAGGUAGGUACAGCAGCUUCCCAAAGCUGCUUCUAUCUAAGCCACUUCUAUCUAAAGCUCACAUAACCCAUUCAGAAAUUAAUAUUACAGCUAAAUUACUACAAAUGUACUAUUUUCUUUGAAUUUAGUCAUAAAAAUAACAAAAUAUUUUCCUACAUUUAUAUUUUUAAAUCAUAAAGUCUAGACGAAGAUACUAAAAACAGCAGUCCCCUAUUUUAAGCUUGCAUACUUAAAAUGCAAUGUAGCUGACUACACUGUAGGAGUUUAAAUCCUAAGUCCCCACAAACUCACUAACACAUCUUAAAGUAAACCCUAUUUGAAUGUAAUAGCUACCUAAAAGGAUCCAAGUUUCUGUAAAUGUUAGCUUAGAAAAAGUACCUGACAUAUGACCAGGAUCAGGGCAAGCUAGCAAUCAAUUUAAAAAAAAAAAAAAAAGACACUUCUCCAGACAAAAGCAUGGGAAAACAUUAAAUGGAAGACUAUUUCCUUAGAAAUUGUCUUUUAAAGCAUCUGACCAACAACAGCGGUAUACUUCCAAAAGGCAGUCUCUUUCCAGUAACCACCAACAGCCAAUUACCCUGCAGCGUUCUCUAGAGCAGGUGAUGAACAACACCCAUUGCUUCUGCACUAAGUUCUGUAAGCAGUGCAGAUGUAAGGAGGUGAUUUUGGGUAUCAAAACUAUUGCAUGUGAAAACAAGGGUAUGAAAGAUUGUCCUUUGAAUAUGGCAUGCAAACUUACCUUGACAACUUGAAGCUACUUUUAAGGAGUGAAUUAAGAGCUGCAGUUUCCAUGAGAUUAAAGCUUCAGACAGAUGCCUACCAAUGUCUUCGAAAGUAUCUAAUUCCCACUGGGAGAAGGAAAAAAAAAAAAAAAAACAACAAAAAAAA